CACAUUACCGUGAUCCGCGGCUCUGUUCUUUCGGCAACGCUGUCGGCGCCAACACAUCCUCUGCUGCACCGUGAUCGUCCUAAAGUCUGUUGCGCCGCACAUACCUGUUCAAUUCUGUGAAUUCAACCACGACUGUUAGAUAAUAUACAUAUUUGUUUUUUUUUUGUCCAAUUAAACCGAUUUCGAUACACGAUGGCCGAAGAAAACGUCGCUGCCGCACAACCGGAGAAACAAGCAGAAGCCACCCCGGAGCAAACCAAAGCCGAGGGAAACGGUAAGGCGGCGGCCACUGAGGAACCGCCCAAGGAGAUGAAGGCGGUCGUGCUCACCGGGUUCGGUGGCCUCAAGUCCGUCAAGAUCCUGAAAAAGCCCGAACCUACCCUAGGCGAAGGCGAAGUCAUCAUCAGGGUCAAGGCGUGCGGUCUUAACUUCCAAGACUUGAUGGCCAGACAAGGCGCUAUCGAGUCGUUGCCCAAAGCUCCGUUCAUUUUGGGUUUCGAGUGUUCCGGCAUCAUCGAACAAGUCGGCGAGGGAGUGGAAAACUUCAAGGUCGGCGAUCGCGUGGUGGCGUUGCCCGAAUGGCGUGCCUGGUCCGAACUGGUAUCCGUGCCGGCCAAGAAUGCGUUUGCCAUACCGGAGGGCCUCGACUUUGUGGACGCAGCGGCCUUGGCCACCAACUACAUCGUGGCCUACGUGCUGUUAUUCGAACUGGGCGCCGUCAAGCCUGGCAGCAACCUGAUCGUGCACUCUGCCGGCGGAGGGGUGGGCCAAGCAGUAGCUCAACUCUGCAAAACAGUUGACAAUGUCACUGUGUUUGGUGUAGCAUCUAAAACAAAACAUGAAGCUUUAAAAGGAACGAUUGAUCAUCUUUUGGAACGUGGCAGUGAUUAUGCUGCUGAAGUUAGAAAAGUUACGCCAGAAGGAGUUGAUCUGGUUUUGGAUUGUGUUUGUGGCGAAGAAUGCAGCCGUGGAUAUUCUCUAUUGAAACCAAUGGGAAAAUAUAUACUUUUUGGCUCCUCUAAUAUUGUAACGGGUGAAACAAAAAGCUUCUUCAGCGCUGCCAAAUCCUGGUGGCAAGUCGACAAAAUUUCUCCACUCAAAUUGUUUGACGAAAACAAAACCUUAGUGGGAUUCAACUUGAGACGAUUGUUAUUCCAUCAAAAUCAAGCUGGUUACGUUGCAAAUAUUUUCAACAAAGUGAUUGGUUUAUGGAAGGAUGGAAAAGUAAAGCCUGUUAUUGACUCUACUUGGGCUUUCGAAGACGUUGGUGAAGCUAUGCAGAAAAUGCAUGAUAGAAAAAAUAUUGGUAAAAUCGUAUUGGAUCCAAGUUUGGAGCCAAAACCAAAACCGGCAACACCCGUCAAGAGUAAAUCAAAAAAUGCUGACAAAGAAAAGGAAAAGAAGGAAGAUGAUUCUGCAAAUGGUACAUCUACACCGGAAGUUACAAGUCCAACAACUAAAGAAAAAGAGGAAAAAAAGGAAUCUAGUUAAAUGCUUUCAACUACU